AUGAUGGAUGACGCAGAUGAAGACGAAAGUGACGGGGACGGCGACAUCAUACCGAAGCCAGAGCUGAUGUCUGCCAACCAAACUCUCCACGAGGACCUCAUGCGGCUGAAACAUGAGCAAAGGCGGCACAGAAACCGCAAGACGACAGCGACCGAGGAGGAUAUCCAGAACAUGGAUGACAUGGAUGAGGGAGCCAGUGACAAGGAGUUGCAAUUCAAAGUCGCCGAAUUGGAGUCAGAGAGGAGACAGCUGCAGAGGGAGCUCUUCGAAAGCCAGGAGAAGGCCAGGGGGAGUACGGACUUCGAGGUGCACCGCAACUGGCUGUCCAUUACACAUAGCCUGCCCAUUUCUGAGUGGUAUUUCGAGGCAACCUCGCCCUGGACUCUGGACUAUCCCCCGGCUUUCGCCUAUUUCGAAUGGCUGCUUUCCCAAGUUGCCGUGCUCUUUGACCCCGCAAUGCUCCAAGUAAACAACUUGGAGUAUGCCAGCUGGGCAACAAUCCAAUUCCAGCGGCACUCCGUGAUUGCAGCUGACCUUCUCCUCAUGGUUGGAGGUCUGGCAUUGGGUGGCCCAGAGACGGCAGCUGCCUUGUUAUGGAAUUCGGCCCUGAUUUUGGUGGACCACAUUCACUUUCAGUAUAAUGGGAUGAUGCUGGGCUUGUUGCUGCUAUCUGUGACGGCGGUUGAGAGUGGGCGCACAUACCUGGGAGCAUUUCUCUUUUGCACGCUUCUCUGUAUGAAGCACAUCUUCUUGUAUGUCGGUCCUGUCUACUUCAUAUACCUCCUCCGCAGUCAUUGCGGUGCGUGCUUCCAACCCCCUCGACUUUUUAUCUGGCCGUUGAUGAAGCUUGCCACUACUGUUGUUGGAACCUUUCUGGUGCUUCUGAGCCCAUUCCUGAGCCUGGCACAGCUCCAGCAGAUUGGGCAACGGUUAUUUCCAUUCGGCCGCGGCUUGACUCAUGCAUACUGGGCUCCCAACUGUUGGGCUCUUUACAAUACACUCGACCGCGUUCUUGCCAAAGUCAUGGGCAAGUCCUCGGGCUCUUCAUCAACCGCGGGUUUUGCGGAGGUCUAUGAGUCUGCUGUGCUCUGGACAAUUCCGCCGCGUGUAACGUUUCUCCUCACGCUUCUGGCUUACUGCCCGUUGAUAUUGGCCAUUUGGACUAGAACGGGGCCUGCCCCAUUGCCGGCUGUGGCCGACAAGGGCAGCUUCGCAACAUACGUUGCGUUGGGUUCUGCAGUGGCUUUUGCCUUCGGCUGGCACGUGCAUGAGAAGGCCAUUCUGAUGGUGACGAUCCCCCUCCUGGCUGCUUGCACCUCUGGUCGUCCAUCAAACUCGCUCGUGUCCUCAUAUUUGGUUCUCUCCUUUGUGGCUUCUUUCUCGGUGAUGCCCUUGCUGCCAAACGAGCCCUUGGAGACUGGUUUGAAGUGGAUUCUGUUGUUAGCUGGUGGCCUCGUGGAAGUGCAGCUUCUCGGUGGAAGCAGGUUGCUAGGCAUGCGGACCUUGCCAUGGAUCCUCCUGGCAGCCUUCUUUGCUCUUCUCGGGGCCUACCGUGACCUUGGUGGACACAGACUGCUCUUCAGGGACAGGAUGGAAUUCCUUCCUCUGUUGCUGACGUCCGAUUUUUCUGCAGUGCUGGUGCUUGGAGCCUUCGGCAACGUCUUCAGCAUGUUGCGCUCCGGAAGCAACGGCAGCCGUAACAAGCAGCAUAGUGCCUGA